AGUUUGAUGGAAUUUAAAUACUGAAGCGUUUCGUAUUUAACACCCAGGCAAAACCAAAAAAAAAAAUAAAAAAAUAAAACCAAAAUCCUCGAAAGGGGAGAUUAAUAAAUAAGAACAAACUGAAGAAACACGACAUGACAAAUAUGGCUGAGGCGCGUGUCAAGCGCGAGUUCAAGGAGGCGCUCAGUGGCGAAGAGUUUCGCGAGUGCCUGAUCAAAAUGGAGCUGGUCAACGACAGCUGGACAGAGCUGCGCGGCGAGAUAACCGGGCCACGCGGCACGCCCUAUGAGGGCGGCCGAUUUGUGCUGGAAAUCAAGGUGCCCGAUAAGUAUCCAUUUUGUCCGCCCGAAGUGCGCUUCAUGACACGCAUCUGGCAUCCGAAUGUGUCGUCGGUAACGGGCGCCAUACGCAUGGACAUUUUGAAGGAUCACUGGGCCGCUGCCAUGACGCUGAGCACCGUUUUAUUGUCGCUGCAGGGCAUGCUAACCGCUGCCGAGCCGGACGAUUGGCAGGACUUUGUGGUCGCCUAUCAAUUUAAGAAGCGGCACGAUCUAUUCUUGCUGACGGCCAAGCAUUGGACUGGCGCGUAUGCGGGCGGGUCGCGUUCGUUUCCCGAAUUGGAUCUGAAGAUUGAGCGCCUCAAGGAUAUGGGCAUCGAUGAGCACGAGGCGCGUGUGGUGCUCUCAAAAGAGAAUUGGGAUCUGGAGAGGGCAGCCGAUUGUCUAUUUAUAUAGGUGUGCGCAGCACUGGGGCUAACAUAAUCAACGACCAAGACCAUCAGACGCAAAACCAUAAAGCGAUGAAUCAACUCGAUUAUAUAGUCUUAACAACAAACACACUAACAGCAACAACGUCGAAAAUAACUACAAAAUUCUAGUGGAGUCCCAUGCAGCUGCCGCGGCGCGUCCCAUUUUCCAUAAUGCAAACUGUUCACGUGAUCCAUGGACCACGGGUCCAAAACCAAUUUGCAACCGCCAAAUUUGUAUUACGUGCUAUUUAGUCGGCUCUCAAAAUUUCGAAAUUUCUUUACUGUGAAGCUUAGUGUCGACACUCGGAGCUGUCCACCCAGUCCAGCUGCACGCGUUUGUUUCGCAUAGCCAAGCAUUGGAUCUAUAUAAACCCCGUACCGAAUCGCAGCAUCGAAUACUUGGAUAUUCGAAACAGACGUGGCAGACGUGGAUGGGUGGCAUAGGUCCGUUUGUUUUGUUAUUUUUGAGUGCAUUGGUACAUAUCGCAGUUGAUUUAGGUAUACGAGUAUCUUAAGUAACAGCUUCCCGGCGUUCGCGCAUAUGCCUUUCUUUUGUUUUGCUAAAUAUCAAUAUCACUUACACUUUAAUAAUCAUGAACAUCAAAUACGAAAAUAUUUUCAAA